AACAUUAUUCAAUCAUAUCAUAUACUGAACCAGAAACCAAAGAAGAAUCAAACUUUGCAACAACAGAGAAGCUAUGAGCUGCUGUUGCGGUGAGGAUUGCCGGCCUAUAGGGUUUCUACUUGGCCUGCCCUUCGCCUUCGUUGCUCUGCUCCUCUCCGUUAUCGGCGUGUUCAUCUGGAUUGUCGGGUUGGCCUUGACUUGCAUAUGUCCAUGCUGCUUGUGUGCGACGAUCAUAGUUGAGCUUGCUCUUUCGUUGGUGAAGGCUCCAUUUACAAUCAUGAAGUGGUUCACAUCCAAGAUCCCUUGUUAGAUUAGCGUUUUGUGAUAUUCUCAUAGUUAUGUCCCUCUUGUUCUGUAAAUUCAAUUUUUUUUUUUCGACAAAGUGUUCCGUAAAUUCAUUGAUGUAUGUAAUAUAUGAAAUUUGUGUUCCAAUUAGUUCUUC